AUUAAGUCUAGAGAAGCCCAAGCAUUAGCCUAAAGCAUAUCAUGUGCUACUACAUACAAAGUAUUUAAUUUUAUGACUCGGAUAUACAUUCUAAAAUGUUUAGGACCAAGACUAUAAAUGUAAAUUCGUCAAAAUGGACAAUAAAUUUUUCUAAGAUGAAACUCUUCUCUUUUCCUUGUCAGCAAAUCCAUCUACACUCUUGCCAUCUUCGGUUUCUUCCUUUUGUUAUCUUUCAAUUGGUCAUUUUGGCUUACAUUGUCUACCUGCGAGGCUGCAAUCUUUACACAAACCGGCUCUCUUGUCAAAUUGACUUUUUUUGCUGCUCCGAUUGUUAAUUAUUAGAAAUUGUUACUCAAAAAUCAGCAUUAAUGUCUAUGCGUAUACAUAUCUUUUAUGUACAUAAUCUGCCCAUGUCACCAUUUUUUCCAUUUUUCAAAUUAAACUUUUAUACUACAUAUGUGUUUUUUUUACUCCAGGAGGCUGGGGGAGGGGGGUUGGGGCGCCUGGAGUAAUCAUAGCUCAGAUUCACUCUAUUAAAUUUCAAACCCCUAUGUGUCUAGCGGGUUUCGAAUUCGAGACCUCCUACUAAACUUUUAUAUGUGGGAAAACUAUCAAAUAAGCCCCCUAACUUUUCAAAAAAAUCAAUUAGACCCCUUUACUAAAACUUCACUCAAUUAAACCCUCAAACCCAAUAAAAUAUGGCAAAACCUCUUUUUAACCGGUAACUAAUAAGUUACCCGGUUAUUAUGUACAAGUGGCUACACAUCUCGUUUUUUCAAUUUUUCCAUUUUUAUUUCUUUUUUCCUUUAUUUUUCUUUCCUUUUUUCCUUUCCCUUCAUCUUCUUUCUCGUUCAACUCGUUCCAGGCUUCUAAAAAAUUUCAGCCUUCAAUCCCUUCCUCCAUCUUCUUCUAAUCUUCCACCCACCCUUUCUUCCCACCCUUUCUUCUUUCUUCUGCCACCAGUAGGUCGUCGUCGGCAACGCAGUGUCCGAGCGAAACUUAGGACGCCGGAGAUGCUCAAGUUCCCAUUACGCACCGGUCUGGUCAUCCCCUUUCCGCGAGUCCAUGCCUUGGGAGUCGGAAAACGUUCUCCUUUAAAGCUUCGUUAAGGGAAUACAAGUCGGAGUCGGAGUCGGUGCUCCGUGAGAGCUCCGGCCAGAUUGAUUCCAGAUCCGGCUGCAGAAAAGAGGGGCAGGGAGGAGGACGAAGUGAGUCGUGGAAGUGCGAGCAGAGAACUAGUAGGGGGAAGCAGAGAGUGGGGAAGGAAAGAAGGAAAGAAAUAAAGAAAGAGGGGAGAAGUUGCAGGUGCUAGCGCAGGGAAUAAGGGGAAGAAGGGGAGAAGGAAAGAAAGCCUAGGGAAGAGGAAAGAAAAAGAAAAAACUGACACGUCACACCCCAUACUCAAUUUUACCGGGAAUACCUGCUAAAAAGAGAUUUUGCAAAUUUUUAAUGAGUUUGAGGGCCUGAUUGAGCUGACUUUUAGUUGGAGGGCUUAAUUGAUUUUUUUGAAAAGGUCGGGGGCUUAUUUGAUAGUUUUCCCUUUAUAUGUAUAUAGAUGUGUAUAACAAUCCAACUUCGAAUUCUAACCAUCUUAUAUACUCCAUAAUAAUCUCUCUAUAUAUACUACACGGUUAUUAAAUUAAUUAUGAACAUGUUGAA